UUUCAAACAUUUGUGAUAAAUGCACUAACAAAAAUGAAAUACGACAUUUCUGGCAUUAAUUCAAAGACAAACGCUACACAUAUUCUUUUAAAUUCAUUUGUAACAAAUUUUGAGAAUUCCAGUAUUCAAGAACAGCUGAACAAUAAUCAAAUAGGCCAAACUUCAGACUAUUGCAAUUUAUUUCCCAUUCAAACUGAAGAAGAUCUUCAGGCUGCAGAGAGUAGAAUUCUUGAUAAGAAUAUAAGAUCUAAUUUGGUACUUCAAUUGUCAUUGUUAGUUGGUAUUAAAGAUGUUGGAGAUAGCGUUCGUAGAUUAAUGAUUAAAAUAUUCUCAGAUGAAAUCCUUACUAGGAUUCAAAAAAAAAAAAAGGAUUUUUCCAAACUCGGAUGCUAUAAUUUAUUGAUAGGUAAGUUUAGUAUAUCUCUUCCGAUAUUGUACUAUAUUACUAUUAAAAGAAUAUCAUUAUAAACUCUCGAGUGUUAAUAAUUAAUGGAUAGGACUUAUAUAUUACUUCUAUAAGUUGAACUACUUUAAAUUAAAGUAACAUUUAGAAUU